AAUCCGCAGAAACCGUUCGACCGGAUGCUGCCAGCCAUCGUGCCAGCGUGCAGUGAAAAAUCGUCGCCAGUCGUCAGUUCGCCAGCGUCCGUUGGCUGGUGCGAGCGUGUCCUACCUGCCGAGCCUCAGCAAUCAACUUCGAUCAAUCCAGACUGUCGAGCGGCAACAGCGUGGAUCGCAGCUUCGCGAUCCUGCAUCUGAGCACGCUCCCGCUGCCCGUUUGCGCGCAUUUAUUUCGUGUGUGGAUGUGUGCGUGUGUGUAUGUGUCGAAGUGCAUGUGAGCUAGAAAAAAAUUAGGUGCAUCUCUUGAAGAUUGCGCCAACUACGGUAGUGAUCGAGUGUAUUCGUUUGAAACGCCAACGAAAGGACAAUUUAAAUGCAACCGUUUGUAAAGGGCAAUGUUGGGUGAAAUCGGUAUCGAUAAAACAGCAGUUCUGUGAGCAGUUACAUACAUCAUUGUGAGUUAGUGAUUGUUUAGUGGUGGUGAAUUUAAAUCAGUUUUAUCCCUGUCUAAUGUAGACGCGGAAGAAAACAACCCCAUCAGCCUGCGCCCCACACGACCGACUACCAUCAGUAAAACAACUCGCAGAGAGGGACGAGCCACGUGCGGGAUGGCGAUGCGGGGUGUUAUGAUGUUGUUUUUUCAGGUGCUGAUCCUCUGCUUCCAGGCGAAGGCCUGGCACGCAGUUAGACGAUCGUUUGAGCUGGAGCAGACGACAGCACCGCAGGAAAAGCUACAUCUCAUCACGGACUGUAUGCACGUCACGUCGGAGGAGGGCGAGUUUUCGUUCGUCAAGCUGCCACCGGUAAGAUCGACGUCCAAGCACGGCGCCCACUGGAUGACGCCGGGCGUCGAGUCCGCGGAACGCGCCGACCCGGAUGACCCUUCGCUGGGCGCGGCGACCGUGUGCGGUGUGUACUUUGUGGCCGAUCCCGACCAAAUCAUCGAGGUGACGAUGAGGCAGGUGAACGUGGACUGCCGCACCGGCGGGCUGAUGGCGUUCGUCGACGGCUGGGAGCUGAACGGGCAGUACUUCCCGGGCGAGCGCGACCACGAGAAGCCGCUGGAGCUGCGGGUGCAGGAGUUCUGUGCCGAGCAGGGAGCGUCGGCCGGGGGCGGACCGUGGCCGCCCAAAACGGUCGGUGCCGCCUCGAACGCUUGGGUGUUUCGCUCGAGCCAGAAUGCGGCCCUGGUACAGUACCGCAUACCCGAGCGUGGUUCGUUCGUCCUGUCCGCCCGAUUCCAUCGCAAUCCAAAACCAUGCAACAUCAUGGCGGAGGGUUUGGCACCGUACUACAUGUUGCGUAACUAUGGCCUGCGUCGGAACUGCACGCUGACUGCUCUGUUCCCUGCCGUUGUAUCUGUCGUCGCCGUGGAGGUGGGAGAAAUCAAUGAGAGUGUCCGUUACUGCGAACGCGUCAGAAUGGAUGAUAGGCUCGAGGUUGGUGGCUCGGUUGGACUGGACCCGUCCUACCAGCUGGUACGCGCGAGCACCAUCUGUGGCCGGAGCCGCGGCCGCGUGGACCUGGACCAGACCAUCCUGUGCGGUACGACCUCGGUGCGGCUGAUCUCUAGCGGGCGGUACAGCAACCAGGCCAUGGUGACGAUGCGCAUGGCUGACGAAUCGGACCUCCAGCUGGCGACGGUGAUCUGCGAGAUGUAAAAGGGGAACAGCACAUGCACACAUACACACACACACACACACACACACACACACACACACACACACACACACACACACACACACACACACACACACACACAC